AUGGAGGAAGCAAUAAAAAUGUUGGAUGCUGCUCUCUCUCACAUCAAAUGGCGCCUCAAAUUUCCAGCAAAAAAUCGUCUCCAAAUAGAUAUUGUAGCUUUGCUGACAGAAAUGAGGCCUGUUAUAAUGGUUGACUAUGGUGGGAAGUUGCCUGAAUUACAAGACCAUCUUUGUGCUCUUGUUAAAUUUUGUCAACAGGAGUCGGCUCUUUUUGAGAAUCUUAGAGUGAUGGUGAUAGAAGACAUGAUAUAUUUGAUACAUGUAAGAGGGCUUGCUGACUAUGUUAAGUCAAGCUUGAAUUUGGAAGUAGAAUUGUUCUUUGUCAACCUAGAAGAGGAUCCUCCCAAGAUGGUAAGGCAAGCGGAGCAAAGCUCUCUAGUUGCAGAGCUUAUAAGAGUUCAGAAGCUGUUCUCUUCAAUUUUCCCCCUGAAUGGAACCAGCAAUGACCUCUUGUCGCAUCAGAUGUUAGAUAGUGUGGCUAAUGCUGAAUCUUCCAUCAAUAAGCCUGCCACUUCUCAAUCAUCUGAGUUUAUUGAUCUUAGUUGCUGCAUGAAGGACACUGAGGUCACCGUGCCAACUUUAAAUGGAUGGCUCCUUGGUUAUCCAGUAGUGUACUUGUUCAGCAAGCAGCACAUCGAAGAUGCCAUAUAUAAUCUUUCCACUAAGUACCUUCGUAUCUUCCAAAUUUUAGUCAGCAGGAAUGCUUCACCCAAGAAAGGAUCUCAGCCAGAAGAACUGCUAAGCUUCUCGGUGCCUUAUGAACUGAGCAUGGGAGGAAGCAAUGAACCAUGGGCGGAGGCAUUUCUGAUCCAAAUGCACUCAAAGUGGGCAAAAUGCAAGCAAAGUUGGAGGUCCUUGCAGAUGGAGGUAAGUGAAUGCUAUCCACAAGCAAUCGUCUUGUAG